GGGAUAAGAACAACUUGUCACCCGUUGGGUCCCCAGCUCGUUCGGUUCGGACCAUAAUUUCCGUCGCACGUUGAUGUGACUUCUCGCCAGCAACGUAAGUCGGAAGUCGCCUAUGUUUGUCUGUGUUAACUUGCAGCAUGCACACAACGUUGGUUAUUACACAGGGCAGGACUACUUAAUGAUCGUCAUUUCGCGGAGUAUCGAUGGUUUAAACGUCAUGUUUCACCUUCGUGCUGUCCACCAUCGGUUUCUUGUCACGGUGCCAGCGUUCGCUGCUUUCAUCUGGUUCAGCAGUCUUCUUGCCAUGCUGCUUACCUGGCUCAUCUCUGGCCGGCCGAAAUAUGUUUCACAAGAAGGAGCCGUUGCCUAUAUUUCAGACGUAGGCGCAUCGUUUCUGAAACCCCUCUUCGUCGUUGCAUGCUGCAUCACCGGUGUUGGGUUCCUACUGAGUCUCAUAUUGGAACGCCUCCUUCGCCACAGGGGUAGACUUGUUCCGGAAAUGCGGACGCGGGAACACGUGUUCGGUAUCCUCUCAGUCGUCGGGGCGUUCGUUGCAAUGUUGGGCCUCGUCUUACUUUCCGGAUUCGACACUUCACGCUACCCGUCCCUCCACCGAAUCUUUUUACUCGUGUUUAUGAUCGGGGUGGCGCUGUCUGCCGUAUUCACAGUGGCCGAGUAUAGAUGGAUCGCACAGGACUACCGGGACAUGUGCAAACUACGCCGGGCAUAUAUUGCCAAGGCUAUCGUUGCUAGCAUCCUCGUCGCCCUGGCGAUUGCUUUCGGAAUUACCCUAUUUUGGGUCCCUAACGUUGGGGGUGUCAUCGAGUGGAUUAUCGCUUUGGGGUUCACACUGUAUCUGUUGACCUUCUGCUAUGAUCUCAGGAUGGCGGAGGCCACACCACAGCUUCCAAAUGUUGUGAAGGAGGCGGCUACGAGCGAAGGUGGACGGAAUGGUCAAAGUAGAGUGGUGGAAGAGAAAGGUGGUAGUAAUCAUGCAUAGCAUCAUACGUUCGUCACGGUUCACAGAAUGGUGGGGAUAAGAUGGAUUAUCGAUAGUUUCCCUGUUAGACGAAUUGAGAGUGAAUAGAGUCCACGAGUAUGUGUAUGCAACUCGCUAAAUCCUCAUGCUCAAGACUUCA